AUGCAUUCAUUCCUCCUCCUGUGCGUGUUCGGUGGCCAUACAGCUGCCCUAGCCGGCCAGUCGUCCCCUGAGCUUCGAGUCGUCACCUCUUCCGGCACGUUGAAGGGAAUCUACAAUAAUUCUGCGCAGACCGUGCGAGCCUUUCUUGGGAUUCCAUAUGCUGAGCCUCCAAUCCGCGAAUUGCGCUGGGAACCACCACGCGCCAAAUCACCCAGCUCCAUCGAUGCAUCUUCCUUCGGUCGUUCGUGUCCGCAAGUCCAUACGUACUCAAACGAGUCGAUUUACAGUAUUCUGCCGUAUAAGAUCUGGGAUUCGGGCACCAUGUCUGAAGAUUGCCUUUAUAUGAACAUCUGGGCACCUGCUAUUAAGCAUCGGGGCCAUAUGAGGGCGCCUCAAAAAGCGGCAGUUAUGCUGUUUGUUCAUGGAGGAGGUUAUGGCUCAGGAUCUGGGUCGAUUGUCUACUACGAUGGCACCAACCUGGUUCAGGAGAAUGACGAUAUCAUCGUCGUUACCUUCAACUAUCGGCUCAAUGUGUUCGGGUUUCCUAAUGCACCGGGAAUCGACCCUUUGAAACAGAACCUUGGCAUACUGGACCAGCGGUUAGCGAUCAAGUGGGUUCGUAAAAAUAUCGUCAAAUUCGGCGGGGAUCCCGAGAAGAUUCUUCUCUUUGGUCAAUCUGCUGGGGCUUCUUCAGCUGAUAUAAUUUCAUAUGCAUAUCCCGACGCUCCUCUUGUCAGCGCACUUGCGCUUCACUCAGGGACCGUUUCGUUACUGAUUACGCACCCUGACCAUCAGAACUGGAAUAAGCUAUCUGCUACUCUUGGGUGUGGUACUGGAUCCAAGUCUCUUCAGUGCAUGAGACAAGUGCCAGCUAUGAAGAUUGUGCGAACAAGAGCCCAGGGAAACUAUAACUUCUAUCCUAUCGAAGACAACCACCUCGUCUUUUCUGACCAUGCUGCCAGGGCUAAAAAGGGAAAGCUAGCCUUUCUGCCAACGUUAGCAGGGAGUAAUGAACGCGAAUAUUCAGCUUUUGUGCCUUUGAGUCAGAGUUCAGUCAAUGAAACAGCACUCUAUGAGCAAGGCCAACUAGGAUAUAACUGUCCCCUUCAGAAAUCUACGAGGAUUCGUGUGGAUCAGAAUGUGCCCACAUGGAGGUAUCUCUACCACGGGAAUUUCACCAAUCUCAGUCCCGUUCCAUGGCUCGGAGCAUACCAUGGGUCCGAGAUACCUCUUGUGUUUGGGAACUACAACCUGUCCAGUACAGGAAUUCCACCGUCCACCAGAGUAGUUGAAGCCAGCAAGUACAUCCAGGGAGCCUGGGUUGCGUUCGCUAAGAACCCUUGCACGGGAUUGAGCAAAUAUGGAUGGCCCAAGUUUAGCUUCCACCGUCAGUCUGCCCUUCUCAUAUUCUUUUUGUUCUUUGGUCAAGCUCAUGUUGCUCAUGAUUGA